AUGCACGCUCCAUGGACAAUCGCCAUUCUCAUGCUGGGCAGCCAGUUAGUCUCCGCCAGCAUCAACGCCGAUUCCUCCUGCGGUAGUUGUCAAGUCGGCUAUUCCUGCCAAGCAGGUACAUGCGUCCUAGACACGGCCCGAUUGACAGGCAACCCGCUGCCAAAUAUCACCUCUGAUAACCCGGGCGGCCCGAUCAAGACGACCGGUAUUUCUGCUACCACAGAGGUGACCAGCACAGGUGAAGCGAAGACGACUGGCACCGCGACGGGCGAUAUGACAUCGAGCAACGGCGAAACCAAGUCUACAUCAAAGACUGAGGCACACUCAUCCUCGUCGCCGUCGAUGACAUCGCAGGCAUCUUCAUCUUCGCUUGCUUCAUCUUCUUCUGCUGGGGCGGCGGCAUCGACGAGUUCAGGGGCGGCUAGUUCGCUUUCGCUGGAAGGAAAUUCAUGGGUCGCGUGGGGAUUGGCUUGGGCUAUUGGGCUGCCGCUUGUGGCUUGA